AUGUUGAGGUCAUAUCUUUACUUUCGAGGUGGUGCAAACCGUUUAGUAAAUUUCAUUGCAGCUUCACCAUGGAGGUCUCUCGUUCCAAGGAGGUAUGGACACGAACUUGCGCCGCAAUAUAAGCAUCUCAAGAAAAAGCAAAAGGGUAGAGUUCCAGUAAGAACUGGUUGUUCAGGCAAGGGGACAACAUUAAAAUUCGGCUCCUAUGGAAUGAGAUUAAAGUCUGAGGGGACAAGGAUAACGGCCGCACAGUUGAGGGCUGCAGAUAAUGUAUUGAUGAAGUUCGUUAAGAAGGAAAAUGGAAUGUACUGGAAGCGUUUGUGUACUAACAUUGCUGUCUGUAUCAAGGGGAAUGCAACUCGUAUGGGAAAGGGAAAAGGUGCAUUUGAUCAUUGGGCUGCAAGAGUUCCUACGGGAAAAGUGGUUUUUGAGAUUAGCGGUAUGCACGAACAAAGUGCAAAGGAUGCUCUUAGAAGAAGUUGUGAGAAGCUCCCAGGUGUUUGGGAAUUCAUCACUAGGUCUGCCACUCCCCGCUUGGGCUUAAAACUGGUUGGUGAACUUGCGACAAAAAUAAACUACUAUGAGAAGUUGAGACAUAAUCCUACGAAAAAAUUCGCAAAUGUGAUGAAGUCAAAAGAACAUCUGUAUCAACAAUUUAACGGGAGAAGCCGCUAA